GCGCCAUUUUGUAGGCGAACGAUUGUUCCCUUGCCUUUGGCAGGACGGGGGACACACACACUUGGAAAACUCUCUCUUUUUCUCCUGCGCAUGCAUCGUGGCUUUCCAGGCAGGCUGCCGGUGACCUUGCGUUGGCUGUCCAUUUCCCGCUGAUCUUUCGAGAACUCCGAGCACUUGAAAAACUCCUCAGUUCCUCAGUCAACACAAAGUCCAGUGCUUGUCCAGGCACCACAGAGCGCCGUUCUCGUCUGCACAGCUCUUCCGCCUCCACUGGUCUCGACGCCGCCGACCAGCGGAUCUACUUUUCGCGCUCGGUCCUUUUUCAUCGACUCAUUUGUUGUGAAAAAAACACCCUCGCCGCCGGCAGAGAACCAGGACCUUCUGGCGGAACUUGUUGUCUUGUCGCAUGCACACGCAGAACUCUUUUGUGCAAUCUCGUUCUUGAGAAGAAAACCGAGGAUGUCGCGACCAUCCACAUUUUUUGAGAGAUUAACAGUCUCGUCUUUUUCAACGAAAAAUCUUCGCAGUUCUCUUGAUCCUCCCCUGCGAAUGAGUAUUCGCUGCAUCUAGCUUUUCUUGCCUCUUCGUCGAUUCCUUCGCUUUCUCGCUCUCCGACAAAAAAGUUUGCCGAACCCUCUGCCGCACAGUUCGGCGUCCAACGGCGAACCAUGCAGGUCCUCUCCAUCGAGGACUCGUCUGUGGCUUUCUCCCUGCACCUCCUUGAAGAUGUCAAGACUUUCUAAGUCUCCACCUUCUUCUUCUCCGCGUCCGCGUUCUUCUUCGUCUGGUUCUUCUCAGAGUGUCAGGGAGACUGGGCAUGAGCCAGGAUGGGAGAGCACGCAGGCAGAGCUGACAGCGCGUUUUCCUUUUAUUCGCGACUGCUUGCCAGGCCAGCUGCUUCAGCUGAGAAUCGAAAACUGGAUGGCCUACACUGGCCCUGUCGAAGUCAACUUCCUCACGGGCAUCAACCUGCUCGCUGCGCCGAAUGGAGCGGGCAAGAGCAGCUUGUUGUGCGCCAUGGCGUUUGGGCUCGGCUACGAUGUCUCGCACAUUUCGCGGCGCGGCUCUCGGCUUCGGGACUUCAUUAAAAAUGGCCACAGUGCAUGCAGCGUCUCCUGCGUACUCGCGGGGCGCAAAGCCGGCGAGUUUGUCACCACGAGGCGCGAUCUUCGAUUGUCAGGAGAGCAGACUGUUUCGACCUUCUACGUCAACGGACGCGAGUGUGGAGUGGAGGCUCGCAUGGAGUUUCAGAGACGAUUGAGGCUUCAGGUGGACAAUUUGAUUUGCUUCAUGCCUCAAGAACGAGUUCCAGAAUUCGCCACAAUGCGACCGGAAGACCUGUUCACCGCAACGCUGCGCGCGAUCGAUUUCGAUUUGCAUGAAGCCUAUGUGGGGUUGCGCGACUGGGAGGCGAAGCGAGAAGAGACCGAGAAUCUAUUAAUCCAGGGGCGCGCGGAUUUGUCAGCGCUCGAUCGCGCCGUCGAGAAACUCCGUUUGGAGCACGAGGAACUCAAGCGACUUCAAGGCUGCGAAAACCGACGCAUCCUUUGUGAAGGAAAAAUCCUCGAGGGUCGCGUCAGUGCAGUGGAGCAACGCCUCGAGGAGCAGGAGCGCGCCAGGAAGGAGACAGAGAGACAGGUGGAGACUUCGAAGGAGAAACUCAAGAAAGUGGACGAGAAGAUCCAAGAAGUCCAGCAUCUGCUUCGACGCGUCUCGCAAGACAGAGGUCGUGUGACAGCCCAGUGGCUCCAGGAGCAGGCGAGCGUCGGAGCCGAACUCGAAGACUUUGUUGCAGACGCCAUGGCAGACGUAGAAAGACUGGAAGCAGAGAUCGCGGCGCUUCCGGAAAAGGCUCUCGAAUGGAAGAGAGAAAAGGAGCGACUCGCCAAGGAGUUCGCGGUGCGGCAUGCGGUGCUGAUGCGCGCCAAGGCUGCCGAAGAAAAGGUUCGCCUGGAGGCAGAGCGGGAGAAGGCGCAUGUAGCGGCAAGCAUGAAGGAAAUCCAGAAUUCCUUGGCUGCAUGCAAUGCGCGCCGCCGCGAGCUCCAGCACAAGGCGACAGAGGCUCGCAUGCGCCUGCAGACUCUGGAGGGCGAGGAGCAGGAUCUGCUGCGGCAAGUGCAGAUUGAGAGACGAAAGCAUGCGGUUCUGGAGGAAAAUCGCCAGAGCGCGAAAGUCAAAAACCUCCUUCACUUCAUGUCCACAGGCGGUGGCGACCGAGGCCGACAGCAGAGCCUCUCGACUGCCUUGCAGCUGCUCAAGGAACGGAAACUGAAGCACACUUUCGGCCCUGUUGCUUUCAUCACACAGGUGAAGUCAGCGAAAUACCUGCCUUACGUGGAGCACCUUCUUCAAGGCCGCCUGGGGGCGUUUGUGUGCACAGACGACGAGGAAAUGAAGUUUCUGUCCCGGUCCAACUGCCAUGCCCUUUUUCUUCGCGCUGACUUGCGCGGGCGCGUGAGGCUUCCGACUGCCUCAGCGCAGAUGCAGGCGCUGGGCGUCGAAUGUUUUCUCCACGAGCAGCUGGAAUUCGUUUUGGACGACUCGGACGGAGACGCACCCACCGGGGGUGCAUGGGGAGAGGAGCGCCGACAGGACAACAGAAGUCCCAGAGGCAGCGGAGCGGCUGUCGAGGCGCCGGCUUCUGUCGAGGCAUGCGCAGAAACAGCUCGACUGCGUUGUGGGCUUGACGAGCCUCAAGGGAGCGCGGAGCAGAAGAAGCGCGAAGCCGAGCGUCGUCGCGACCAGCUGCUUCUGUUGAUUCGCGAAACCGUCGUUUCUUUCACGAACGCCAACACGAUCUUCGUAGUCCGAGACUCGCUCACUCCCCAGGAAGAACAACGCAUGCAGCAGUUCAUGAAGGAAGAACUUGCGCGCGUCUUCCAGUUCCCGGUCCGGAAGCUCGUCUACUUCAAAGGCGCCGCAGUCCACAGCGUCCAGAAAAGUCUCCACGAUAACUUCUGGCUGGACGCAUGCGAUGUCCUGCGGUCCAGACUGCAUGUCGCCGCUCCUCGAAACGGCCAUUCUCAGUCCGCAGGCUCUGCGCCCUCUCUGGCCCAUUCGGCUUCUCCGUUCGCGGGGAUUCUCGCUGUGGUGCAGCACCCGACGAACGGCACGGCUACCCGAGAGGGUGAGCGACAGCAGGCAGAGGCUCUCGCGGAGAAGCGGGGGCACAUUCAGAAGGAGAGAGAGAGUCUGCUGAAGGAGUUGGAGGCGCUCGAGCGAGAAAACGACGAACUCGCGGGCAAACGCCAAGAAGCGAUUUUGGAACGACAGACGCUAAUUGAGAAGGACACCCAUCUUGCCAAGGCGUCGCACGACCAUGCUUUUGCCAAGGACCUCUACGAGGCAGUUGUCACUGAGAUUCGGGCACUCGAAUCGAAGAGGCCCCGCCCCGGUGCCUUGCUGGCUCAAGAGCGUCGCCUGGAGCAGCGAAUUUGGAAACGGCUUUCAGAAGCUUUGAACAAGGAACGCGAGGCCUCCAAGAAAUUCCGGGCGCUCGCCGGCAGAUGGCUGAAGAUGCGCGAAGAGGCUGCCGGCGUUCAGGGCCAUCGGGAGAGGCUUCUCGAGCUGCAGGCGGAGCGCGAGGGACCUGCUCAAGAGGUGAGGGCUCUCGAGUCUGAGUUGGACGCGAAGACUGCGGCCGUCGCUGUGCUUCGGCGAGACCUGGAGAGCCGGUCGGCGGCGUUUGAGCAGUGGGCCGCAGAGGCGGCGCUCGCGUACCGCGACUUUCUGUUCUCGUCUGGGGACAUCCUGUCUGUCUCGUCUGGGGACUCGGCCGAAGCGCGAGCCAGUCGACAGGCGUUCCCUGGACGAAAGAGAAACCGAGAGAGGGACGAGGAGAGGGAGGAGCGGCGGAAGCGCCAGCGAGAGCGGGACGACGGAGACAGCGACGAGGAGGUCGAGAACUGCCAGGCCUACCUCGCGCAAGUGAAGCGAGAUCUGCAGCUCGCAGAUCUCCCUGGAAGCGAAGAGGAGUUGAACGUCCUUAUCGACGCCUGCACGGAGGAACUCGAGCGGACCGGCGGCGGGAACCGCCAAGCCUUCCGAGACUUCAAAGACAAAGUCCAGGAAAAGAAAAAGAAGGAAAACGAGGUCGCCAAGCUCGAAGAAAGAGUUCAACAUCAACAGAAAAAAAUCGACGAAGUCAAGGAAAGCUGGCAUCGAAGAAUCUCCGAAAUCGUAGGCACUCUCAGCCGACGCUUCGGCGUCUUUCUCAAAUUCAUUAACCCCGACGCAUCCGGAUACGUCGCCCUUCACGACCCCGCUGCUUCCUCCUCUUCGUCUUCCUCUUCUUCGUCUUCCUCCUCUUCGUCUUCCUCUUCUUCGUCUUCCUCCUCUUCGUCUUCCUCCUCUUCCUCUGCGUCUGCGAGUAUGGCUCCGAGCGUCCGCGAUCUGGAGCUGCGCAUUUGUGUCUCUUUUUAUCCGGGUCAGUCUCCCCGGCCUCUCAACACUCGGCAUUCCGGAGGAGAGAGGUCGCUUUGCACUGUCCUUUAUCUUCUCGCUGUCCAGGCCUACGCACGCGAUGGCUUUCGGGUGCUCGACGAGAUCAACCAAGGCCUGGACGGAGAGAAGGAAAAGAGACUGUUUGCUCUUCUCACGCGAGUGGCCAACGGGUGGGAGGGCGAGGACUCCACGCCUUCUGGGAGUGGAGAAUCUGUCCAAGAUCGACCGCGGAAAAGCCUUCUGGGCGCAUCUUCGAACUCGACUUCUGCGUCCCAGCAUGCACCGGCAAACGGCCCUGGAGGAGGCGGAGUCCAGUACGUUCUCUUGACCCCACAACUCGUGAAGGGCACCGAUUACUCGGCUGUCUCUGUCCACUUCCCGUUCAAUGGCCGCCACUUGUGUCUCCGAGCGUGGGGUGACGAGAAGGCCCUCUGUGCUGGAGCCCAGAGAAGCCGGGAGGAAGGCGCGUAUUUCUUGACAAAAGAAGAAAUUCGAGAGCUGAAGGAGGCUCUGCAGAACGACGAAACGCGUGACGACUGAAACACAGAGAGAGCGAGGGUGUCAGCGGCGGGAGAAGAACGUGGACAGACCAAGGGAAACUCCUCCACCGUUGUGAGGCGUUGAGCCAGGGGGUUGAGAAGCGAUGGAAGCAGAAUGGCACAAUUCCGGAAGGACAGACGCACGUGCAUGCAUGCGCGGACUCGUUCGUCAAACGAAAUGCCGUUUACAGUUCAUAUAUAUAUAUAUAUAUAUAUGUUUGAAUGUAUAAGUAGUUAUAUUCAUUGGUUCGGCUGUCUCGAGGAAAGGUAUGGACUACAAAAAUGAAGUGAGAGAGUGA